CCCCGCCGGCUCGCCCCUUCGUCUUCUCUCUCUCUAUAUAUCCAAAAUUCUCCUAACAACAACUCAGAAUUGAUUCCUUGUUUCGUCCCCAUUCUCUCUCUCUCUCUCUCUAGAGCUUUCUCUCUCACCGCUCCCGUUUUUUCCGUGCUUUACUGCUCUGGGAUUUUAAUUUCUACCUAACCAAUUUCGUCACCACUCUCACUCGGUGUUCCUUUCUCCAUUUCUCCCAUCGAAACCCCCCUUUUUGCAGACUCCAAUUCUUCUUCCCUCCCACCGAAUUCUGCUUUAUUCAUCGAUUUUAUCUUUGCCCCAAUUUUUUUGUUACGCUACUCGGUGGUAGCUGUGAGUUUUGUGAUUUUUUUUUGUUGAAUUAAUAAUUUAUCCCUGAUAAAUGGAUGCUCAAAACAUCAACAGAAAUGAGAGCGCCAAAAUGGCGUUUCAGAUCGACCUCAACGAGACGCCGAUGCCGUCGCCGCGUGAAGCAUUUGACGAUGCUGUUUUAGGGAGUGCUAGCAUUUCCGUUUGUUCUGUGUGCAGGAAGGGGGUACCAGUGGGGCGGCUUCCUGCCAGAGCGACGGAGGAGCAGCGGCAGCAGUUUAAAUGCUUCCGGUGCUUGCUGAAAAAAGACGCCGGAGUCAGCACCAGCGGCGGCGGAGUUGAUAUGGGGCGUUUUGACAUCAACGCCUCACCUCCUCUCGAGACGGAGGAGGUUGAUGAUGUUGCUGUCCCGGCUGGCCGGGACGGAAAUGGUGGUGGCCAAUUGCAGGGCACAAUGAGUUCUUUCUUCCACCACAUCACAAGAAGGCAACUGAAUCCUGUGCUGGAGGAUAUUAGGCAUAAUCUUCCAAAGACAUCACCUAUUGCGACAAAAUCUGCUACUCCAUCAGAGUUUACAGCUGAGAGUCCAAACAUGCUGUAUCUACAAACUCUUAGAGAAUAUAUUUCUCAAAGAGCAGGCUCUUUAGGAGAAGGUUGGCAUGUGGAAUUUGAAUUCUGCAAUAAAAGAUACAAAACCUCUGCUGUCUAUAUAGCACCUGAUGGAAGUAGGUUCAAGUCGAUGGAGGAUGUCGCUAGCCGCUUAGGGUUGCCAUCACAGUUUUGCGGUUUGGAGACCGAUAAUAGAAGCAACGAAUAUGCCUAUAUCCCGAGCAUAUUCAGAACUCAUCCAGCAAAUAAAGACUCAGUUUUUCUGGCAGCUCAAAAUUGCAGCCAAAGAAACAAGAUUCUGAGGGACUGCAACAGCCAUGGUUUCUUUUCCAGCUCAGGGAUAGCUGGUUCUGAAACUAAUUAUAACAAGAGUAUGAAGGUACCUGGGUUCCCGGGAAAUAGCAGCCAGCAAGAUGGUUUCCCUGAUGGCUUCCCAGUUCAAUUUCAGGACUUCUGCCUUAUAUCAGCUGGCAGUGUUGAUCAACGGCCUUCAUACCAUAACGCCGACCAAAUAUGGCCUGUUGGUUACAGAUGUAGCUGGCAUGAUAGGAUUACUGGAUCUCUUUUUGUAUGUGAUGUUGCAGAUGAUGGGGAUUGCGGCCCCAUUUUCAAGAUUCACAGGUAUCCAUGCACCAUGCAGUCGAUACCAGUUGGCUCAACUAUCCUCUCAAAGAAAAGACCAGUUUCCUGCAAAGGGGAUGACAUGGCGAGGAAAGAUUAUUUGGCCACAUCCCAGGUGGUUGAUGAUGAUAGUAUAUCUUCAAUAACCCUGCUGAAUGAAGAUAACCCCCCCUGCCUAGACAAUUGUGUCUCUGUUUCAAAGAGAGAAGAUGAGGUUUAUAACUCCCAAGAAGACAAUUCUUCAAAUUUAUUUCUUCCUCAGGGAACAGGAAAUUCCAUACGUGAUGUUGUAAGACUAAAUGAUACCACUGGGGAAUUUCAAGUUGAGGGCAGGUCAACAUCGUUUGUGUGGGAGAUGGUUUCUAAGGCGUUGUUAUACGGUUGCCAUGAGAUAUAUAAACAGAAGGGUGUAGUUAAGUUUUUCUGCUGCCAUGAUGCAUAUGGAAUGAAUGAAAACCCGGACAGUACCGAUUCUCUAUCGAGAUACUGUUGUUCUGAUGUCUCGAUGAGCAUCCCUCGUUUGGUUCAGAAUGAGAACGAGUUUAACAUGGCUUGUGAAAAGCUGUUGGUUUGGUUAAACCAGGACAGGUUUGGAUUAGAUGCAGAUUUUGUUCAGGAGAUUAUAGAACAACUUCCUGGAGUUACUGGUUGUCCAGAAUAUAAAAAACUGAACGACAGAAAAAAUAAUUCAGGAGUACAAACAGUCGGAAGUGGGUUUUUGCAGGCUGAACGGAAUGGAAACACUGCUUCUGAAACUUCUAAGAGAUCUCUCUUAAAAUUGAGUAACACAGAAGGCGUCUUAAAGCGAGGUCCAUGUCCCCCGGGGAAGACACUUAACUCGAAGCUUCCGUUGUAUUUGAUGGGUGAUGCUCUGCAGGUUUGGGAGCUUGUGUGGCGUUUCACAGAGGUUCUGGGGCUUGGAAAACCCUUUUCCUUUCAGGAAUUCGAAUCAGAACUUGUAAGUCCUUGGUCAGAAAGCUACACGUUGGAUUCAAGACAUGGAAAUUUGGACAUUGGAGAAGCUGCUCUCUCUAGUGGUGCGAAGGUUUCUGAACCAGGAGGAGAUUGUCUUGGUAGGUCUAAGGGUCUUCUCUUGGGAAAGAUGCUUGGCUCGCUGCUGGAACUGCUCGUUGGUGAACUUUUAUCAAAAGCAUCUGCAUAUGUAUGCCCUAAUCUUGAUACAGGAGAAAUAAAAUCAAGACGAGGCAGGAAGAAAGAUUUGGAUAGUUUGGCUGCUUUGAAGAAAGCAAAACUCGAUAUGCUGCCUGUCAAUGGACUUACUUGGCAUGAAAUUUCUCGGAGAUACAUUUUGGCUGUGAUGUGCAUGGAGGGAAAUCUUGAUUCUGCAGAGAUUGCCAGCCGAGAGAGCGGGAAAGUUUUCCAUUGCCUGCGAGGUGACGGCGGAAUACUUUGUGGGGCUCUUACGGGCAUAGCUGCACUGGAGGGCGAUGCAGUGGUUCUUGCAGAUGCUACGAAGGAAAUAUUUGGUUCAUUGAAGAGUAAAAAUGAGAUUACAGUAUCUGAGAGAGAAUCUGAUACCACUGGUGCUCAGACAGUUGAGGUGAAUGACUCUGUCAUACCUGAGUGGGCUCAAGUGCUUGAACCUGUAAGAAAGCUGCCCACAAAUGUUGGAGCCCGGAUCCGAAGGUGCAUUAACGAAGCUUUGGAGAAAAAUCCUCCCGAAUGGGCCAAGCAGAUGCUGGAACACUCUAUUAGCAAGGAAGUUUACAAGGGUAACGCAUCAGGACCAACUAAGAGAGCAGUUAUCCAAGUCCUUGCAAAUGUGAGCAGUGAAAAUCCACAGCAGAAGGUUGAGAAGAAAGAGAAGAUAAAGGUUAAGACCAAUCUCGCUGAUCUCAUCACCAAACAAUGUCGUAUUGUGCUCCACCGUACUGCUUCUUCAGACGAAGAUAGAGUCUUCUGCAAUCUUUUGGCAAGGAUAGUUUUGAACCCCAAUGAUAAUGACGACGAAGGGGUUCUUGGGUAUCCUGCAAUGGUGUCUCGACCUUUAGACUUCAGGACUAUUGAUCUCAGAUUGGCUGCUGGAGCUUAUGGUGGUUCACAUGAAACAUUUUUUGAUGAUGUUCAGGAGGUUUGGCGCAACAUACGCAUUGCAUAUGGUGAUCGACCUGAUUUGAUUGACGUGGUUGAGAACUUGUCCAAAAAGUUUGAAGAGCUUUACGAGAAAGAGGUCAUGACCUUUGUCCAUAAAAUUGCUGAGAAUGUCAAUGCUAGUGAUUCGAGUGCUGAUGCUAUAAAAGAGAGAGAUGAUUUGCUUGUUCAGGCGUGUAAUAGCUCACUUCCUAGAGCUCCUUGGGAUGAAGGCAUAUGUAAAGUGUGUGGAAUGGACAAAGACGAUGACAAUGUUCUCUUAUGCGAUAAAUGUGAUUCUGAGUAUCAUAGAUAUUGUCUAAGUCCUCCACUUCUGAAAAUUCCAGAAGGAAACUGGUAUUGCCCUUCAUGUGUUACUGGUCAGGCUAUAUCUUACAGCACAUCCUAUGGGUCAGUUGCAACUCAAUGCAGGAAAAGAAAACAUCAGGGGGAAUUCACGUCCAAGUUUUUGGAAGAACUGGCUCGAUUGGCAAAACUGAUGGAGAUAAAAGAAUAUUGGGAAUUCACAAUUGAGGAGAGAAUAUUCUUCAUGAAGUUCUUGUUUGACGAGGCUUUAAAUUCUGCUACUAUUCGAGAGCAUAUGGAUCAAAGUUCCUCCCGUGCUGCUGAUUUGCAGCAAAAACUACGCUCUCUCACUUACGAAUUGAAGGUCCUGAAGGCAAAGGAAGACAUGCUUGGGUUGAGCACAGAGAAAGUCAAUUCUGGUGGACGGGGAGAUAUGAAAUCAGAUGCAUCAUCUUCUCUGCUUCUCACUGAAAAUAGCUCAAGAAUACCAUCUGAAAAGGGCAGCCAUCUUUCGUCUCUCUCAGCCUUCACACGACUGGAAGAAAGACCUUCCUUAAACGAACAGCCUAAUCAGCCUCCGCUAUUAUCUACCAUUCCUGCACCUGUAAGUUCAGCUCAAGAAUCUCGUGGCAAUCCUGAUAAGCUUUCGUCACAAGACAACAGCCUCAAGGCGGCCACAGUUAAGAGUGAUAUUUCCAGUAUGCGGGACUCGAUUGCUUCCAUAGAAUUGGAACUGCUGAAGGUAUCCCUUCGAAAGGAUUUCUUGGGGCGAGAUUCUAACGGCAGAGUUUACUGGGGUUUUUACUGUCCUGGUGCUCGCCCAUGGAUUAUGGCUUGUGGAGAUUUGGCAUUCAAGGAGAGGUGUCCUGAAGAAUUCAUUGGUGUUCCUGAUUCUCACAAAUGGAUGUACUAUGAAUCAGAUGAUGAGAUUGAGAAACUAGUUGGAUGGCUGAGAGAGAAUAAUCCAAGGGAGAAAGAAUUAAAGGAGUCUAUUUUGCAAUUGCAAAAUAACAAACUGAAAGACUCGCAGUAUACUGAAAAUCACAUCCUAAGCAAAGCAGAGGAAAACCGUAGCGAAAGAAAAGCCUCGUCAGCUAAUAUUUUGUCUACAAAGGCAAUGGCCAGUUUGGAAAAUAAAUUUGGUCCUCUGUUGGGGACCAGGGCUACUGAUGCUCGUCAGAAUCUAGCUUCUGGACUAAGUCCAGAUUGUCGAAUGUAUAGAUGUGAGUGCCUAGAGCUGUUGUGGCCUUCUAAUAACCAUUGUGCUUCUUGUCAUCAGAGUUUUCCAACCACUGAGGAACUAGGACAGCAUUUGAAAGAAAAUUGCAAACCAGCGGCACCUGUUCCUAAGAGAAGCCAGACAACUGAAGAUGUCUCUAAGCGCAAGAAGUUGAAAAUUGUAUCUUCACAGGAGAAACGCCCUGGUGAUAUGGGCAUUCUUCAGACAUCAACGAGUAAGAAGCAAAAUGACGGGUCUUCUUUCGCUGACAGAUAUUAUGCUGACUGUCCGUUUAAUUUUGAGGAGAUUAUGACCAGGUUCGUUGUUCCUGGCUCGAUCAAGGAUGCGGUGAACAGCAUAGGACUUAUUGGUAAUGGUGGCAUUCCAUCUUUUUCGUCAAGCGGGUCCCUUUAUCUUAGUGGAAUGCCUACAGAUUUGAGUAGUAAACAGCAUCACUCGAGUAAUGAAGGCAGUGCUGCCAUGAACACAAAGGACAAUAAAGAAUCGAGUAGAUUGUCAAGCUGUGCUGAAACCUUCUUAGGUGAGAAGGGAUCUGGUGUUGGGAGAUUGAAAUCCAUUUCGAUGAGCGGAAGGGAACAUGUUUCCUCCAUGAAGAACAAGAAUUCACUGCUCGGGUUAUCGAAAAGUAGUCUGAUUCGUGAAUCUUCACAAAGACCAUUAGUCGGUAGAGCUUCUGAAAUUCUGAGGUUUCUUAAGAUUAACUUACUUGAUAUGGAUGCUGCUCUGCCACAAGAUGCUUUAAGAACGUCUAGGUCUAAUGAAGGCAGAAGAUAUGCAUGGCGUGCAUUUGUUAAAUCAGCGAAAUCAAUUUAUGAGAUGGUUCAAGCAAUGAUCAUACUUGAGGACACCAUAAGAAGCGAGUACUUGCGAAAUGAUUGGUGGUAUUGGUCAUCACCUUCAACAGCAGCUAAAACCACCACUCUCUCGUCCCUUGCUUUGCGCAUAUACUCUCUAGACGCAGCCAUUUCUUACGAAAAACCUCUUCAGAAUGGUUCAAUCGAGAUGCCCGAACCAAGUUGUGCAUUAGAAGACGAAGCCCCUCUCAGUAAACUUCUCAAGAAUCUUCCAAGUCCUAGCAGCCCGUCAUUGCAGAAAACCCCUGAGCCAGAUUCAGCCGAGAAUCCAAGAACCAGGAGUAGAACUAGCAAGCGGAGGAAAGAUCUCAACAGUUGAUGUUCUUCGUAUUUUUGCCAGUGAUAUAUAACAGAGGGAAAAAUUUCCUGCCCCCUUGUAUAAUUAAUAUAGAGCUUCAUGUAUCCAUAGAUAGAAUAGCUGGUUUAAAACCACAGCUGAUUUUUUUCUUCCAUAAACUGCGGGUAUACAGGCACUGUCAAGUCAAUAGAUGUAUGUACACAUAUAGGAACCUGCUUUACCAGUUUGUAGUGUGUACCAUAGUUGUACAUUAGUAUCAAGUCAGCUUAUUCCAGCAGUGAAACUGCUUCUAUAAUUUUAACAGCCAUGUGUACUAAUGUAUGUGUAAUAUAUUCAAGGGGAUGUAAGAAAAUGUCAGAUUAUAAUUUCAUUUGUGAGAUUGCAAGUCAAA